CUUUAAAUUAUAUUUUAAAAAUUAUAUUAUAAAAUUAAUAAUUUUACAACCGUGACACGUGAGCACGACCAUCGCCGGUUCGUGAGUAUCGGUGUCAUCACUAUUACAAGUGCAUCUCUGAUAGCAAAAGCAAAUUUGUGCAAGUUUGUAAAAUUGUCAAAGGAAUUCAUAGAUUUUUAGCUAAUUUACGAAAAAACACCUGAUGGAAAAUAAGUCAGCAGUGUCCGCUCUCCAGGAAUUCAGCGCCAAGUCGAAGGUCUGCCCACCCACAUAUGACUUUAUCGACGGCGAAGACGGUGGCUAUGUCUGCAAAGUGCAAAUGAUGGAGAUAGAAUCCUAUGGAAAUGGCCGCUCCAAGCGCGAUGCCAAACACCUGGCUGCUGCCAAUAUCUUGCGGAAAAUCCGGAAACUGCCCGGCGCCGCCAGUUUGCUAAACGACGUGGAGAUCAACGAGUGCGAUGGAAUUGGCGAACUGGCAAAUGAGAUGACCAAUCUGAAUCGGGACAUGCUGAAGGAGCUGCGCGACUACUGCGUCCGCCACGAGAUGCCGCUGCCCAUCAUAGAGAUUGUCCAGCAGAGCGGCACACCCAAUGCCCCCGAAUUCGUGGCCUGCUGCUCCGUGGCCUCGAUUGUGCGCUAUGGGAAGUCGGACAAGAAGAAGGAUGCUCGCCAGCGGGCGGCCAUUGAAAUGAUGGCCGUAAUAUCUAAUGAUUUGGACGCCCUCCGUCCCGACCAGAUGCAGAUGGUGACCACAAAGCCAUCUGAAGUAAACGAUGUGAUAGAGGAUGUGGAGACGGAGCGCAGGAAGAAGUUCACUACCUACAGAGAGCUGACGGAUGCUGGUAUCACGGAUAACACGGGUCUGCGCCUCUGCGAUCGCCACAACUACUUCAAGAACUUCUAUCCGGCUUUGAAGGAGGCGGCCUUUGAAGUCAUCAAUUCGGAUGAGUACAUGAACACCAAGGACCAAGCGCUGAGCCUGCUGAGCGCCCUGAAAAUCACACCGACCAUUGGCGUUGUAGAGUCGACUUCCAUAGAGCCGCUGAUGAAAAUCGAACUAAAUUGCGAGCUCGAUUGCCUGUUUCUGGGAUUCGAAAGUGAAAUUUUUGGCAAGUUAAUCGAGUAUUUCAAGGACAUGUUGGUCUGAAAUCUGGAAAGCGCAAAUCCAUCAAAGGUCCACUGUGCAAGUGGUGUAUAUAAUAACAUUUAUUUUUAACUAGCUUCGGCUUACAAACUA